CAGUUCCCCACUUCCCGCUCUCUCGCAGGUACUUCCGGCCGCAGCGCUGGUCACGGGGUGUGCGCGUCACGGAGAGGGACCCGGAAGCGGAAGUGGAUGUUGUUGCUACGGGAGGAGAGAUGGAGAGUGAAUUUUCAGACGCGGACCUGACUGCGGCCGGGGACACGGAGGAUGGAGAGAACGCCCCGGUGUAUUGUAUCUGCCGAAAGCCGGAUAUCAACUGCUUCAUGAUCGGCUGUGACAACUGUAACGAAUGGUUCCACGGGCACUGCAUCAACAUCACCGAGAAGAUGGCAAAGGCCAUACGAGAGUGGUACUGCGUGCAAUGCCGAGACAAACACCCGCACCUUGAGAUCAAAUACAGACACAAGAAGUCGAAGGAGCGCGAGAGAGAAACGGAAAAGGAUGAAAAUGAAGAGACUGCAAAAAAUGAAAAAAAGAAAAGCGGCAGCACCAGCAGCAGCAGCAACAAGGUACCCCGGCAGCAGAUUAAGCGCUCGGCGCGCAUGUGUGGCGAGUGUGAGGCGUGUAGCCGUACAGAGGACUGCGGCCAAUGUGACUUCUGCAGAGACAUGAAGAAGUUUGGGGGGCCCAAUAAGAUUCGGCAGAAGUGUCGGCUGCGCCAGUGCCAAGUCAGGGCGAGGGUAAGUAGACGUGCCCCUGUCUCUCCCGGGGCAGAAUGGCCUCUCCUUUCCGCCCCAGUGGUGCCUGGAUAUUCCAUUCUCCUUCUCCAGAAAAUGCUGCGGGUGAAGGACGACGACCUGUCCUUGUUCCGGGACACCCCAGAGCCCAGCAGCCUGGCCGGGUCGCUGUCCGACGAUGACUUGCCGCUGGACCCAGAACUCUACCAGGAGCUGUGUGCCGGGGGAGCCUUCGACGACCAUAACCUGCCGUGGCUCAGCGACACCGACGACACGCCCUUUCUGGACUCAGUUAUGAGGAAGAGAGCGGUGAAAGUGAAACACGUGAAGAGGAGGGAGAAGAAGGCAGAUAAGAAGAAGGAUGAGAAGUACAAGAGACAUAAGCAAAAGCAGAGGCACAAGGAUAAGACCAAACACUCGGAGCGAACGGAGAUCAGAGACUUCUCGUCCCUGCGCCAGUGCCUGGGGCCCAGUUGCGUGCAGCCCGCCCGGUCCAGCUCCAAGUACUGCUCCGAUGACUGCGGCAUGAAACUGGCAGCCAAUCGCAUCUACGAGAUCCUCCCGCAGCGCAUCCAGCAGUGGCAGCAGAGCCCGUGUGUGGCAGAGGAGCAGGGCAAGAAGCUGCUGGAACGAAUCAGGCGGGAGCAGCAACAGGCCAGAACCAAGCUCCAGAACAUGGAGAGCCGCUUCCACGAACUAGAGGCUCUCAUCAGCAAAGCCAAACAGCAGCAGAUCCGAGAGGAUGAGGAGACCAACGAAGGGGACAGCGACGAUACGGACCUACAGAUUUUCUGUGUCUCUUGUGGCCACCCCAUCAACCCGAAAGUUGCCCUGCGGCACAUGGAGCGCUGUUACGCCAAGUAUGAAAGUCAGACCUCCUUCGGCUCCAUGUACCCCACACGGAUCGAAGGAGCAACGCGGCUAUUUUGCGACGUGUACAACCCGCACAGUAAGACCUACUGCAAGCGGCUCCAGGUUCUGUGCCCUGAGCAUUCUCGCGACCCCAAGGUGCCCGCGGAUGAGGUAUGUGGCUGCCCCAUGGUGAAGGACGUGUUCGAGCUGACCGGGGAUUUCUGCAGGGUUCCCAAAAGAAAGUGCAACCGCCAUUACUGCUGGGAGAAACUGCGCCGCGCAGAGGUGGAUUUAGAGCGAGUUCGCUUGUGGUACAAGCUGGACGAACUGUUUGAGCAGGAGCGGAAUGUGCGGAUGGCGAUGACUAACCGGGCCGGCCUCCUGGCUCUCAUGUUGCACCAGACCAUCCAACACGACCCGGUCACCACGGACCUGCGCACGCACACGGAGCGCUGAGGAGGAUUUUGUAUAUUAGUGCAGCUCAAUUUGUGACAUUUUUAUAUAGAAAACGUGAGGUUCUUAUAUACGGGGUUAGUUUCUUUUAUCCAGAGUGGUUGACACUUUAGUAUAUGGGAAGCCGAGAGAUGUUAUUGGGCCAGGGACUGUCUGCGUCGCCAUUUGUGUUUGCUGUUAGGAUGACAUUCUCUUACUAUGGAGAAUGACCCCCAUCAUACGCAGUUACACUGGGCACGGUUUGGGGUUCGUAUGGGGAUCAGAGACCAGGCAGGACACGAAGGCAGCUCCCAGGAAUCUCUAUAUGCUAAAUCCCUGCAGAUAUCGGCCAAUCACAGGAAGUCUAGCUCACAGCACCUAUCCAAUCCCAUGCGCUAACAGCACUGAUUUGGUUCCGCUACCAGUACGGUGAUAAACUACAUGUGACUCGGACUCUUCCCUCCUUGCCCAGUUCCUGCUGAAAUGCACCGAAUGCACAAAAUCCUCUUCCAUCCCUUUUUCUCGGGUCAGCCCAGAGUUUGCUCGUUAUGAGACUGGGGCAGAAAGGCAGUUCUAUAUGGGGGCCGCAGUGGGUGGGGUAGAGCUGGAAUACCAUCAGGCGUAGGUUCAGUCGCACCCGGGCAGGGCGUAGGUGCCAUGUGGGGUGAUGGCGUCGGUAUGACAGAACCAGGCGGGACUGGGCCAGUGGGAAAGUACCACAGCUAUUUAUUAUUCUAUAUAUGUUCCUGUUAUUUUGCCAAUAAAACCUCUCUUGUUUUUAUA